AUGAAAAGGAUUUUUGGUCGAAAGAAAUUGAAAAAAUCAAAAUCAUAUCAGUAUGAAAAGGUGGAUGAGAAUUGUGGUAUCAAUGGUGCAACAAAUCUUGCAGCAAGCGGUACUUUCUGUCGUACAACCAGUGGUGUCAAAGAAUCGACAACUACAGAUGAAUCUCGUAGUUGUUAUGAUGCCACAUCAUCAUCAAUGGGAGAAGAACGACAUUUUGAUGAAGAAUUAGAUAAACAUAUGAUGCAAACUAUUGCCGAUGUUAAAUAUGUCAAAAAGAGACCUAAGUUUGUUGCAGUUGGUGAAGUGAAUUUUCAACGUGAAUGCUUGGAUGCUCAUAAUGCGGUAAGGGCGCGAUAUGGCUGCCAACCAUUAAUAUGGUCUCAGGAAUUAUGUGAUUUGGCUCAUUCCUGGGCAGUUAAAUUGGCUGAACGAGGACGAAUAUUAUUUCCGGAAUUACAAGGAAUAGGCGAAAAUAUACGAUUAACAGUAGUGGAUGAACAAACUCAUCUACCUUCUGGCACUGAAAUUACCGAAAUUUGGGCCCGUGAAGCAGAGGACUUCGAUUUUGAGAGACCUCGAUGGAAUCCCAAGACGCAACAUUUCACGCAAAUGGUUUGGAAGGAAACAUCUGAAAUGGGUGUUGCCAGGCAGUGGAAUACCAGUAAUAAUUGUGUUGCUGCUGUUGCAAUGUAUCGCCCUGCCGGUAAUUCCAACGCUCCAGGUGAAUUUCAAUUAAAUAUCCCACCAAAAGUAUAUUUCGAUGAAAUGCCAGCAUUGUCAAAUGCAGCUGUUUAUAACACUUCAGCCGUAUCCGACAAUCCACAACCGAUCAACCAAAAUUUGUUCUCUUCCUGUGAUAAAUCUUAG